AACUUCUCCGUCUUUGGAAAAUGACUUCUCCUUUCUACUUCGUUUUCCUUUUCUCGUCUCUUUUCAUGGGAAAUGUUGAUGCCAAUCCAAAUUACAGAGAAGCUCUCUCCAAGUCAUUGCUCUUCUUCCAAGGUCAGCGAUCCGGUCGUCUCCCUAGAGACCAACAACUCUCCUGGAGGGCUAGCUCCGGCCUUUCCGAUGGUUCCUCCGCUCAUGUGGACUUAACCGGUGGAUACUACGACGCAGGAGACAACAUCAAGUUCAAUUUCCCAAUGGCGUUUACCACCACGAUGCUCUCAUGGAGCACACUUGAGUACGGCAAGCGAUUAGGUCCUGAGCUUCAAAACGCACGUGUGAACAUCCGUUGGGCAACGGAUUAUCUCCUGAAAUGUGCAAGAGCCACUCCGGGCAAGCUUUAUGUUGGGGUAGGAGAUCCUAAUGUUGAUCAUAAAUGCUGGGAACGGCCUGAAGACAUGGACACACCUCGUACAGUCUACUCUGUUUCCUCUUCUAACCCUGGUUCUGAUGUCGCAGCUGAAACCGCAGCAGCUCUGGCUGCAGCUUCCAUGGUUUUCAGGAAAGUUGAUUCCAAGUAUUCGCGUUUGCUUCUGGCAACAGCUAAGAAAGUGAUGCAGUUUGCAAUUCAGUACAGAGGCGCUUACAGUGAUUCCCUUUCUUCAUCCGUCUGUCCUUUCUACUGCUCCUACUCUGGUUACAAGGACGAACUGAUGUGGGGAGCGUCGUGGUUGUUGAAAGCAACCAAUAACCCUUAUUAUGCAAACUUCAUACAAUCUUUAGGAGGUGGAGAUCAGCCUGACAUUUUCAGCUGGGACAAUAAGUAUGCUGGUGCCUAUGUUCUUCUCUCACGGCGAGCAUUACUUAAUAAAGACAGCAACUUUGAACCAUACAAGCAAGCAGCUGAGAAUUUCAUGUGCAAGAUCCUUCCAAACUCUCCUUCCUCCUCUACACAAUACACUCAAGGAGGAUUAAUGUACAAGUUACCUCAGAGCAAUCUGCAAUACGUAACUGCCAUAACAUUCUUGCUCACGACUUACGCCAAGUACAUGAAAGCCACGCGAAACACUUUCACCUGCGGAAACUCCGUUAUCGUCCCAGAUGCUCUGAUAAGCGUAUCGAAGCGACAAGUGGAUUACAUACUCGGAGACAACCCAAUCAAAAUGUCGUACAUGGUUGGAUUCGGACCUAAUUUCCCCAAGAGAAUCCACCACAGAGCAUCGUCUCUUCCUUCCCACGCACUACGCUCACAAUCCUUGGGUUGCAACGGCGGAUUCCAAUCCUUUUACACUCAAAACCCUAACCCGAACAUUCUCACAGGAGCAAUCGUAGGUGGCCCAAAUCAAAACGAUGGGUAUCCAGAUCAAAGAGACGAUUACAGCCACUCGGAACCUGCUACUUACAUCAACGCCGCCUUCGUCGGACCUUUGGCAUAUUUCGCCGCCGGUAGAUCGGCUUGAAAUUGAAUCCGCCACGCACUUUCUAGCUUCCGAUGUGUAGUUCCUUUGUUAUUUUUCUUCCUUUUCCCUUAGGAAAAUGGUUAG